AUGGCGCCCUGUGGCGUCUGUGGAGAUGCUCGAGGCGUCACGAAAUGUUAUGGAGGCCAGGUUUGCGGCUCGUGCCGCAUCUUCUUCCUGCGCGCCGUCGUCAACAACGAGAAGUAUGUGUGCGCCAGGGAGCGGAACUGCGUGAUUGUUUGCGCUCAACCCACCAUCCCGACUCCCAUCGUGGCCAUGCACCAAGCGCUCCAAGACGCUCCAGAAUUUCGCACCUCGCUCCAUCGUCUAAAUGACACCUCGCAAAACCACCUUGACACCCUACGACUGCCAAUCUGCCCGGCCUACCCCUCUUUCGCUGACAAUCGACCCCCAAUGCUUCCGAUUCUAAACCUCAACCUGAAUCGGACUACGGACUUUCUCGGAAACACGUACGCUAUCGGCUUGUCAUUUGUGGAACUUCUAAAGAGCGAGCUGGGCAGCGCUAGGGCGUACGCGAACGCGCUGCUGGCGCUGGAGCAUAUGUCCUUCGGGCAAACCGGAUGGAUAACGCCGAAACCGAACCCAAUCAUUGACGAGACGAUGGAACGGGAUUCGAUUGUCGAUGUAACGAAUCCACCUCCAAACCUGCCGAUCCUACCUCCCUUCAAUCUGCGGCCCAGCUCGAGCAAAACUCGCGAAAUCUCGGUCGCCGAUUUACCAAGCACUUCUCGUGAGGUCGGCCUGUCAUUUCUAAACCCAGAGAUAUCUCUUCGAAUGGCAUUGACAGACCCGCAACAAAUCUGCGAACGAAUACCGAUGAACUGGCAGCAGAUCCAGGAGGCGCCAAACCUUGACGAUUCCUUUCGAUUUUUAUACUGCAGACAAACGGUCCAUUACAUCGAUUGGCUGAAUGCGCUCGGCGGGAUUCAGGAUUUAUCACAACGGGAUAAGCUCCUCCUCAUCAGCGGCGGCCUAUCACAUGUCCAAAUUCUGAUGAUGUACUACCAAACGUAUUGCCAGGAUAGUCGCGGGAUAGCUUAUUCACUUGGCUAUCACUAUGCUGUUCGAGGGCCCGGAGGGACAGAACUUGAAAACUUUUUGGAUGCACUGGCGAUCCACGGCCACGAGUUGGUCAUCUCCGAGUUUCGGAGGCUGGACAUCAAGCCCGAGGAAUACAUAUUGCUGAAAGCGCUCGUCCUCUAUGCGUCAGUGCACGAGCUGAGCGAUGAGGGCAAGGAGAUUGUCCGCAAGGCCAGGCAGCAGCAUGAACAGACCCUCAUCCAGUUCGUAAAAGAAGAAUAUCCCCUUCUGACUGAAGAGCAGCGAACGCUACGCGUUCACAGCAUUAUGUCGAUCAAAAACUCGCUACGGACCAUUGGCCUCAUGGACAAUCGAUUCAUCGGGCGCAUGGUUGCCCUGAACAUCGGACGAAUGCGCUGUCAAAUUGCGUACGAUGUACAUUUGAAAGAAUUC